CUGCCGGUAAAACACCCUCGCCGGGUGGGCCCCUGUAUCUGUCCCAGCCCAGGCCUCGGCGCUGCACAUCGCGCAGAGUUGAUGUUCCGUAGGUGGAUUGUCACCUCCUGCCCCACUGCCGAGGGUACCAAGGUCUCCACAGUAGCCAGUCCAAAAUCUCAUUAGGACGUGGUUCCUCGCCCACGCACCAAACGGCAUCUCCCGCUGUUUGAGCUGUUAGUGUCCGCCUAGGUGUCCUUGGGCUCCCAGUGGUGAGGAACGGCUACUGUGUCUGCUGCACACCGACAGGACUAAAACACCAUCCCGGGAAGAAGCAAUGGAAGCUGAAGAAGCUGUAUUCGAAGUUCUUUGGGAGAUGUUUGAUGCUAAAGGAAUCCAAACGGGCAGUGAACAGCCUUCGGGAUAUUGUCGAUGAUGAUGAUGAUGACCUCGAGAGGGUCAGCUGGAGUGGAGAACCUGUGGGAAGUAUCUCCUGGUCAAUCAAAGAGACAGCCUCUGGCAGCACCAGCUCCCUGGAUGGCCGAGACUCCAGCCUACAGAAGGGCUCUUCCUCCUAUGCUGCUCUUCCCAAACAAGCUUCUUCCUACUCCCUAAGCAGCCUGUUCAAAGGACGAAACAAACUCUCAAGUUUCCAGUCCCUUUCAGAUGCCCUCACUGACACGGGAGUUAAAAACUGUGCCCCAGAGCUGCGCAGACCAAAAGCUGAGUACAAGGAUUACAGCAGUGACUGGAGCCCGAAAGAUACAGUCAGGCGAAUGCAGAGGGGCAAGGUCUGCUCUCUAGAGAGAUUUCGGUCCCUGCAGGACAAGCUGGUGCUCUUGGAUGAAGCUGUGGCCGGGCAUGAUGGGAAUGUCAUUACAGCUGUCCUGAUAUUCCUGAAACGGACAUUAAGGAGAGAGAUCUUGUUUCGGGAACUGGAGGUGCGGCAGGUGGCCUUGUGCCAUCUGAUCCAUUUCCUCAGAGAGACGGGUGAGCAGAAAUUCCUUCUGGAUCUGCUCAGGUUCUUAGACAGGACUGAGGAAGUUGCUCUGUCUCAGUACCGGGAGCAUUUGAACAUCCAGGAUGUAGAAAAAAGGAGGGAAUUUCUCAAAGGUUGCAUUGGGCUCCCAUUUUCAGCUGAGGAUACCUCCCACAUCCAAGACCAUUAUACCUUGUUGGAGCGACAGAUCAUCAUUGAGGCUAAUGACCGGCACUUGGAGAUGGCUGGGCAGUCAGAGCUAUUUCGGAAAUAUCCUCGCAAGGCUUCAAUUCUCAACAUGCCGCUAGUGACCACCCUCUUCUAUUCCUGUUUCUACCACUACACAGAGGCUGAGGGUAUGUUCAGCAGCCCCACCAAUCUGAAGAAGACAUUUAAGAUUCCUGAUAAGCAGUAUGUGCUGACUGCCCUGGCUGCCCGUGCCAAGCUGCGGGCCUGGGGUGAUGUGGAUGCCCUCCUCACCACCAAGAACUGGCUGGGUUACACCAAGAAGAAGGCACCUAUUGGCUUCCACCGGGUAGUGGAGAUCUUGCAGAGGAACAAUGCUCCUGUGCAGGUGCUGCAGGAAUAUGUGCGCCUGGUGGAAGAUGUGGAGACCCGGCUGAACCUCGCUACCAAAUACAAGUGCCAUGAUGUUGUCAUAGAGACCUACCGGGAUCUAAAGGAUCGUGUCCAGCUGACAGCAUAUAAAUGCAAGGUGGAGCGGGGCUCUGCAGAAGAAGAGAAGAUACAGAGCAUUCUCAGCAACAUGCAAAUCCGGUGGAAGAACUGAGCACCUGUGAAAAAGCCUGUUUGGCCAUUGCCUUGUCACUGAAAGAGGGAACUGCAAAACCCAGUCCAGUGCCACCAGAGCAGCUCUGUUACUACUCAUUGCAUGAUCAGCGUUUGUCAGUGACAGUGGGUGCCCGUGGCAGUGGAACCGUGGCGUUCAGGCUGGUUGAAGACAGCUACUAAAAUGUAGCUGACGAAACCAUGGUACUGAUCCAUCAGGGUUGAUUCUUUUUGGAAUCUGAUUAUCAUUGUGGCUGUAAGCCAGGCAUCACUUGUGUAUAUGGAGGGAAGUUGCUGGGCACAGCAAGAUGAAUGUUUGCUCUGGAUGGUGCCUGGGCUUAUUCUUGCAAGAGGAAUGUGUCAGUCACAGUCAUGAGUCUCCACCAGAGCGUGCUGACCAGUCCCUGUAACAGUCAAGCUGGCUUGGCAUCACUAAUCAUGGCUGUGGCUGGAGUAAAACCUACCUGGACCAUGUUCUCCCCAUGUGAAAGUGUUGGGGGAAGGACCAGUUGCACUUUUAUUUUAGUUUUGGCUCACCCAAGGAAAAGAGGUGUGUGAACUCCUGCAGAGGGCCAGGACAGCAAUCUCUGCCAGUAUCCUUCUGCUAGCACUCUGCAGCAUUUGGAAGAUCCCUUUAUCAGGGAAAUACCUUGUGUGGAGGUGGUCAGAGUCCUGAUGGAUUGGAUGGAGAGCAAGCAGGGACCUCUCUCAGCUAACACAAACCUGCUGGCCCCAGCAGCUCUUUUCUCAGAAAGUGUUAUGCCAGGAAGGAUUGAAAUGCACUUUCUCAGAAACAACUCCUCAGGCAGCUGCUGGCUUCAUCCUUUCAGACCUCACUUAAUUUCCCUAAAUAAAGCUGUCUCUUUCUC